AUGCAAAGGAAACACCAGGAGUGCUUACAGGAAGUUAGGAAAUACCUCCAACAAUGUCAUUUGUCUGUGAAUGGCACAGAAAUGAACUGGAGUGGGUGGAGCAGCUGUCAUGAGGUGAAUGUCAUGGUGAAUCAUGACCAUGUAAUGUGCAGCGUGCUAAUUGCUGCCUAUGCACGCAGAAUAAUUGAGUGCAGUCCCUGUGACUUUGACAAAACGCACUUUGAAUCUUUUCGUGCCCACAUGAUGGAUGAAGUUGCAGAAAAAGCGGAAUCUUUGCCUACAACAAGUGACAGUACCCCGAUUAAUUUGGAGGAUGCAUUGGAAUCUCCUUUGCUGGCUCUCUGUGAUGCCCUAGACACUGGUGUGUCACCCCACAAUGAAAAACAUCCACAAGGUGAUGUGAUUGUAUUAUCAGACAAUGAUGAGAUUGAGAGUGGAGAAGUUCCUCUAUACAACGACUCUAAUGCUGGAUCCCUUAAGGACACACUAAAACUUCCUGAUGGUACUCUCCUGGUCACCUGCAGUCAAUACAAAGUCAGGGUGAUGGACCUUCGGACACUUUCAGGGACUACUUGGUUAAAUGACGAGGUAAUUAAUUUCUACUUCUGUCUGUUACGGAUGCACUUCAGUAAUGGCUCAUCAGCCUCUGUCCAGAGUAUACCUGUACAGUGUCUAGACUCUCAUUUGUACACCACAUUAAUUAAGCAUUCUGAUAGAGCGGAUAGUUGGUAUAGCCAUGGCAAACUCCUUGAUGUAACCACUACAUUUGUUCCCAUACACCUUGGAAAUCACUGGUGUCUCUGCCUUGCCAGGCCUGACAAGAAAACAAUAACAUAUUAUGACAACAGAGGUGGGAGAAACACUAAGGGCAUGGAGGUGGUCAAGUCUUACAUGACUAGAUAUGCACAAAGGCAUGGUCUUCCAAGCAUCAAGUGGAAAAUUUUGCAUGCCACCAACAUCCUACCUCAAAUCUCAAAUCCCUACUGA